AUGACGACAAAGCUGGAACUUCGUCAAACAUUGAAAGCGCUUGAUUAUGAGUUUGCCACAAACUUACCGCUUCAUUUAUACUCUACAUUUCUCCUCCAUCGCAUCAAUCCGCGUUUCCCCAAACGGGCAUGGUCAACAUGGCCUAAGCGAUUCGAGGAGGUUCCUAUUCCCGAUACCAAGUUUGAAGAUGAUGUGAUUGACCCAUACGACUCUGAAAUAUAUGAACAUGACAUUUCAUUCGACGAGGAUAUGAAUAAAUAUUUGCUUGCCGAGCACGAUCGAUUGACGAAUAAAGGACUGAAAAUACUGAAGAAUAAGAGUUUUCUUUCCAAGAGUAAUAACAUUAGAAAAAGAAGCGAGCAAAAUGAUAGUCAAGAUGAUGAUGAUAAUAAUAACGAAACAACAGGCAUCAAGCCAGUGGAAAAUGAAUCUAUAUAUGUUGAGGAAAGUGACGAUGACGAAGAAGAAUAUAGAACUGAAGAAAAGCAACCUGGAAAUAACGCCAGUGGCGAACCCGUUGCUCACGGACAACACUUGACUGAAGAAGAGAUGAAACGGAGAGUGGUUGAUAUAGUCUACCACGAAACAGCGCCGAAUGCCAAAUCAGUGCUUGUUAAUGCCAUUCAUGGACUCAUUGAAUCCAAAAUUCAGCAAAAGAUUCAGAAAAUGAAAGAAAAGGGGAAAAUUGAUAAAUCACUUUACAUGACCGACGAAUUGCCUCGCCAAACACUUAUACCUAUAUGCAAUCAAAUUGCAGGACGAUUUGAUCAGGUGUUGAACACUUUGUUUCGCACAUAUACACCACGAGUGCAAAAACAAAUGAGAUUAACCCUUAUUGAAUGGCAACAUGUGGUGUCAGCAGCCGUGGCUAAUGCAAUUUCGCGACCGAAUUUGGAGACAAUGAGUUUGGUGCCGUUGGAAAACGUGUUUCAACAAUGUAAAUUUUUGUUUGACGGCGAAGGCGUAAGUGCAAAUGUGUACCAAUUUGAAGACUCCGUUGAUCAGAAAGCAGUGAGUAAAGUGUUUGAUGAGAAUGGAGGGUUUAAUGUUGUUGAAUAUUUGAAGUACUUGGGGUCACAGAAUAUACCAUUACAGGGCCCACUCACUUACACUGAUCUUGCUGAGCAACACAUGGAUUACACUAAUGCAGAGAUUGAAAGGAAAUCUAAGCUUGAAACAAACAUUUUGAAUGCGUUAAAAUUGGUCAAGGAGAGCAACCGGGUUGCACAUAAUGAUGAUGAUGAUGAUGAAGAUGAAGAAAUCGAAGAUUUAGAAGACGUGUAUACGAUAUAA